GUUGGCGGCGCUGCGGGGUCACGUGGUCCUGGCGGUGAGUCAGCAGUACGUCCCGGUUGCAGAGCAGCUGGUGGUUCUGAGGGACGGGGACGAGGUGGCCGUGGUUCCUCCGCUCAGUGGCGGGUAGACCGAAAUGUCGCAGCAGGAGGACGUCUGCCGGCUGAGCCGGGAUCCUCUGUCCCUGCAGGAGGUGGUGGAUGCAGUGAGCAGCUCCUCCUGCGGAGCCAUUUCUGUCUUUCUCGGAACCACCCGGGAGGACGAGGUGGGGGGCCGGAGGGUGUUGGGGCUGCACUACGAGGCGUACGAGUCCAUGGUUCAGUCGGAGUUCAGGAAGCUCUGCGCCGACCUGCGGGGGCGCUGGCCCGGCGUCAAGCACAUCUGCGUCCACCACCGACUGGGGGUGGGCGAGGCCAGCGUCGCCAUGGCAAUCUCGUCUCCGCACCGCCACGACGGCCAGCAGGCCAUCCAGCACUGCAUCAGUCAGCUGAAGGCCCGCAUGCCCAUAUGGAAGAAGGAGGUCUACCACACCCAGGAGGAGAGCUGGAAGGAGAACUCUGAGUGUCCGUGGUCCACCUCCGCCCGUCUCCUGACGGAGAAAUUACAUGCCGAGAAAACAAGAGCGUGUGUGGAUGAAGCUGCUGGAGGAGGCGCAAGCUAGCUGCUGGAGGAGGCGCAAGCUAGCUGCUGGAGGAGGCGCAAGCUAGCUGCUGGAGGACUGACUGUGUUUAAUCUGAGAUUAGAUAACUUUACCUAAUUUAAUCAGAGAUUACAUAAUCCAACUGCAUUUAAUUUGAUAUUGGAUAAUUCGACUGCAUUUAAUAUGAGAUUAGGUAAUCCAACAGCAUAUAAUCUGAGUCUAAAUAAAGUCUGACUUCCUUCAA